AUGCCUUUGCUGGUGGGCGGGGAGCGGGUGGACCUGUCCCAGCUGGCCAGGCAGCGGCUUUAUUCCUACCCGGAGCUGGAGGAGAGAGCCAAGCUACUAAGGAGCCAGCCCGCUCAAACAGUGGGACCCCGAGGCCUUUUGUAUGUCCAGCAAAGAGAGUUUGCAGCGACCACUCCUAAAGAUGGGUCUGUUUCGAUUCUAGGAUCUGACGACGCAACCACCUGCCACUUGGUAGUGUUAAGACACACAGGUAGCGGGGCCACCUGCCUGACCCACUGCGAUGGGUCAGAUACAGACAAAGAAGUCUUGUUGAUUACCAGCGCUGUCCGAGCGCUCUCUCCUAACACAGAAUAUGGAAGGUUGGAAUUGCAUCUAGUUGGCGGCUUCAGUGAUGAUCGACACUUAUCCCAGCGACUAACCAAUCAGCUUCUCCGAGCGUUUGACCGCUUGCAGGACAAUGUCCAUUUAGUGACGUUCUGUGUGACAGAGUUGAAUGACCGGCAGGAAAAGGGCAAUCACUAUCCAUACAUUUAUGGAAUUGCAGCAAAUGUUAAGACCGGAGAAAUCUUCCAUGCUACUUUUCCAGACAAAGGACCAGAGGAGGAUUUGCGGUCUGCCAGCAUCUUAACUGGAGCCCAGAUGGUGAACAUUUAUGACUCCAGAAAGGAGCAACUCUGUAUCGGGCCUUACGACUGGAUGCCUUUCCAUCAUGCGGGUUUCUGGCUAGAACAAGACGAUCAGUACAUAUUGCAGAAUCUCUCCACCUCACCUCUGGCCGAACCGCCUCACUUCAUUUCCCACAUCCGAGCGACCCUGUCGUGUUUGAAGGAGCAUCCGUUCCCGGACAGGACCCUGUUCCCCAGCAGGAAACCUUGGAUCUAUAUCAAGAAUGAAGACGGCCUCUGGGAGAGGGUUUCUUCUGAGCAAAUCUAACCCGCAGGGGAGAAACUGAGAAAGCACGGGUGACCAAACAAGGAGCUCACAGUCAGAGACUGAGUUGGACUACAGAAGUGCGUUAUAAUAUC